UAUUACGGUACUCGAAUUAACUGUUAUUUGUCCUUAAACUCGGUAACUUAACACUGAUAUUAAUCGGGAUUAAAAAAUACUUUUAGUGUAUAAAAAAAAAAUUAGGACAAACGUUCACCAAAUGCUUUGCACAGACAAAAGCAGGAUGAAUAUUUAGAGAAAAAUAUAAAGACGAUGAAAUCUUCAAACCGUCUAAGAGAUUCCAGACUUUUCCCAAGAAAUUUCCAUUGGAUCAUAUUUUUACUGACAGUAACAUUUAGAAUUCUGUAUGUUAUAAACAAAGACAAUUGGUGGAUUUUACACCCGGAUGAGAUUUAUCAAACGCUGGAAGUUGCUCACUCGGAACUACCGGACACUUGUGCCGUUAUACUUGUUGUUGUCGCGUUUACAAUUAAUUUUAAAAGAUUGAAAUCACUCUUGUGUCCAUAUUACUUGAUAGGAUUCAUUCUUGCUAUUUCCCUUGGUUUGAGAGAUGAUUAUGUUAGUUACGAUUCAAUCAUUAUAUCACCAUGGCAAUGGAUUAAAUUCAACGUUGCUGGAAAUUUAUCAGCAAAAUUGUUUGGAGUUGAACCAAUGUUGUUUUAUCUACGGAGACUACUGUUAGAUGAUUGGCUCAACAUUAUACUUUUGACUUUUAGCAUAUUUCUUUUUCUGCUGUAUGCAGUUUAUACCGUCCUCUUUCGUCAUGAAAAUUCUUCACCAAAAGAAAUGUUGGAAGUCAAAAUGACUAAGCAGUUGAUUAUGAUAAUAUUGUGUUUGUUGUGUUUGUAUUCGUCAAAAGGACACAAAGAAAUUCGGUUUGUUCACGACGUUAUUCCGUUGAUACUUAUUUUAUACAGUAAAAUUAUUGUGGUAGUUUGUGAACUAGGAUCAAAAUUGUGCAAAAUUAAGCAGUUUGUGUAUCUAAUUGUCAUUUUAACUGCAGCUAUCCAAGGGAACAUAUUCAUUUCUCUUAAUAAAAGCACAAUAUCAAAAUGGAAUUACAGAGGAAUCUAUAAUUCAAAUCACGUGAAUAAUUGCCUUGAUUUCAUUAGUCGACAGCAAAAUGUGACCGGUGUAUUUCUAGACGCUGAUUUUCAUAUGUCUGGAGGAUUUUCAAUCCUUCGGCACAAUGUUUCAGUCUUAGCACUUAAUCAAAAAGAAUAUUUAAAAUUUGGAGAAGAUGCAAGGAUAAUCGUGAAUUCCAAUUUCCGUAGAAAUGGAACAAAUUCAAUAUUUACUUUAAGUCGUAUUUCCGAUUUUAUAUCAGUUACCAAUCAACGAUAUCUUUGGAAAAGUAUUAUAGGAGAUUCAAAUAUAAAUUAUCUUAUUGUUGCAGGUCGAAGACUCUUGAUAGAUUCCGCUUUCGUUGAAAUAUAUACAUCUGGGGAUUUCAAAAUACUUAAGAGAACGUUUGACUCUAUAACAGAGCAAGCCUUAUCUUCCUUUGCAAAUAACUCAUCAUUGGUUAACAACCCCGUAAUAAUAAAUAUGGAAGCAGACUGGCUAAUAUAUUAUGGAUCGUAUAUAUCAGCAAGGCAGAGGUUGACAUACUCUUUGAAAAUCGAUGAACAAAAUCUUCAAUCGCACCAAUUAUUAAUUCAAUUAUAUCAUAUUAAAGGCGACAAUAAAUCAACACGAGCUGCUCUACAGGAAUGCCGGAAAUAUUAUGAGAGAAAAACAUGUCUACAGACACCAAACCAUAACCAUAUGAAAUUAAUUAAUAAAAAGAAACCGAAAAUGACAUAG